CUCCCCCUAGGUCUGUUUGUUUACCGUUUUCGUACGAGUUCACAGAAAUUCUUUGACAGAAAACAGAGAGAAGAAGGUGCUAGGCCUAGGUGUACUGUAUUACUUUAUUGGUCACCAUGCCUCUUAAGAUGGACUUAAGUCAUUUUGUGCCAGAGAAGAUAAAAGAGUGUGACAGGAAGUUACGUGAAAAAGAUGAACAACUUACCUUACUAAAAACUGAAAAUGCAAUGUUGCAUCUCAAAUUAGCACAACUUCAAGGACUUGUGCAAGCCUCCUAUCGUGAGGCUAAUCUAGCCAAAGAAUUACUUGAAAUUGAUAAGCACUCCUGCAAAAUUAAUUCAGAGUUAGCUUUACACCUCAAAAAUCAAAUCAAGGAUGUUAAAAAUGAUCUUCUGACACUGAGAUCAAGUGUCAAAGGUUUACCAGAAGUGGUGCAUUCUGACUUCCAAUGGGCAGUCCAGAGGUCAGCAGAAUUGAACCAGCAGAUGGUCUCUGAUAACCUAGACCUGCAAGAAUUAAGAGACAAGUUAUUCGAAACAGAAGAAGAGUUAGAUGAAAUGAAGGAACGACAUGCAAAAGAAAAGAGAAGAAGACGAGAACUUCACAACACUUUAGUUGAGCUCAGAGGCAAUAUCAGGGUACAUUGUCGUACACGACCCCUCCUGAACUUUGACUCGGGUAAACUUGAUCCCAGUAAUCUAGGUCAAGCUGGAACACCAUCUGAAGAAGUGAUAAUGGUUAUUGAUGAUGAAAAUCUUAGUGUGAAGGCAAACAAAGCUUGGCAACAGACAACUCCAAAGAAUUUUGAAUUUGAAAGAGUUUAUUCACCAGUGGAAGACCAAAAAGUUGUCUUUGAGGAGGUUCAACCAUUGUUAACUUCCUUAUUGGAUGGGUACAAUGUCUGCAUAAUGGCAUAUGGCCAGACUGGUAGUGGAAAAACAUAUACAAUGCUUGGUGACAGUUACACAGAUCCAACCACAUGCAAUGACAAUCUCCAGUCCAGCCCCAGUGAAGGAGUCAUCCCUAGAGCUGCAAGGGAAUUAUUCAGAUUGGUAAAUGAGAGAACCCAUGAUUUCCAUCGUGUUGAAAUGUCAGUAGCUGAAAUAUACAACAAUGAAAUUCGUGACCUCCUCCAUGGCAACUCCGGCAGGUCAUUGAAGCACACAGUAACCAUGGCAGACGACGGGUCAUGUGAAGUUCCAUCCCUAACUCAAAGGAUGGUGCAGAAUGCAUCAGAAGUUGUUGACUUAGUACAUUAUGGGAUGCUCCAUCGACACGAAGAUGCAACAUUAGUGCAUGCGCAUUCCAGUCGUUCUCACCUUAUAGUAACGCUGACUAUUACUUCCAUAUCAACUUCAUCUGGAUCAACAAGCUCCAGUAGUAAAUCUUCUCGGUGCCACUCCCCUCUUCCAAGAUCAACUGCAGGUACAAUGACCCCUCCUCCAUACAGACGUCGCAUUCCCAGUCUGAAGAUCCGAUCACGAUCUCCUUCCCCCUCGCGAUCUACUCCUCCUCCAGACAUGACAGGCAUUGUAAAAACUAAACUUCAGUUGGUGGACCUUGCAGGUAGUGAGUGUGUCGGCAUGUCAGGGGUCACAGGGGCUGCGCUUAGAGAGACUUCAUUUAUUAAUAGAAGCCUGUCCGCCCUCGCCGAUGUUCUGGCAGCACUUGCCGAAGAAAGAUCACACAUACCGUAUAGGAAUAGUAAACUAACCCACAUGCUUCAGGAUACAAUAGGUGGUGAUGCCAAACUUCUUGUGAUGUGCUGUGUAUCCCCCGCACAGCGCUACAUCACUGAGAGUCUCCAAUGUCUAGGGUUUGGAAGCCGUGCCCGCCAAAUUCAAAGAGGUCCACCUAAAAAGCGCACUUCAACAUCAUUUGUAGCUGUGAAGAUAGCAAAACAAAUAUUCAAAGGUAUAAAUUCAUCCUGUGACUCAUCUCCAACUACAACCCCACGAGGGCGCUCUCGUUUCUCUAGUUUCCCAGUCGUAGAUAAGACAGAACAUAAACUACCUCCACCAAAAAUCAUUGUUUCUUCUAUCGCGCAAGCGAACCAGGAAAUUGUACUUCCAAUACCAGUUAAAGCCAGCAAGCCGUCAAAUAUUCCAAUUCCAAAGAGAGUUACCAAGUCAGAUGAUUAUCCACCUAUCCCUAGUGGCCGUCGAUCUCCGCGACCUUUGAAAAAUAAAAAUGCUAAGAAAUGAAAACAUGAAUGAGCAAAAUGUAUUUUUAUAUAUUAUGAUGAUGUAUCGAUGAAAAUAAUUCAUCUUUACAAAUGAACAAUGAAGAUGUUUUGUAUCUGGUUCCAACUCUACCUGUGAAUUACAAGUUUAUAGACCACUGCCUUUUGGGAAGGACAUUUAACUGUUGGCUCGGUGUAUAAUAUUUGCCAAUAUCCUAGUUAAUACACUAGCUGCAAAUUUUUAUUUAUAUUACUGUACAGAAGUUUGUACAUAUUAUACUGUAUAUCAGAUUUUUUGUGUGUUUACAAUAAACUGUAUAAUCAUGUUGAA